GCGAAUUUGUAAUCGCAGACCGGUCGUUGUUGUGCUUUUCAUAUCUCGUCGAUAUUAAAACCGAUAAAAAGAAAUUGUUUCUAUAAAUAUACAAGUCAUUUAGUCACGGUAACAUCAGGUUGGCGUGGUGUAUUUAUCGCGCGUGUUCUCGUAAAAGCACUAUAUUUGAGUUUGUACCGCAUUUAAACUUCGCUCAACGAUUUACUAUUUAUGUUCUUGGAGCUGUAAAUGGUAAAGCACGCAGAAAUUUGCAUUAAUGCGACAAUAAUACUUAUCUAUAUUAAAGGAGGUGUGUUAUUCAUAUUUAUUUGCGUCUUUCUUCUAAUAGUAUAAGAAAUACAGAAAUACAUUUUGAUUUCAUUGUUAUAAGUAUCGAGUCGAGUGCAUAAAAUAUUGUUAUCAGUGAUAGUUUUAGUCCAAGUUUUGUCGUAAUCGGUUGAAUCACUCGCGCGAGCUUCACAGAACGCUCCUCCGGAUGUGAUUUGUCGACGGAAAAAUGUGGUAUCGCGUAUGUUCGUAGUCAGUGGUACUUACAUAGUGCUGUAAUUGUAACAGUAUGUUUUCCUCCUGAACGGCCGAUGGGUGUUAUUUAAGAACGUUAAUGUAUUAAUUAAAACGUAUUGCAAAAUCUGGUGUAGUGGCUAUUUAUCAGUGAUAGACAAUGAAUUCGGUAUCGGAAUCACCUCUGAACAGGUCUAGGAACAGACCAGUACUAGCUCGUUACAAACCAAACGCUGGCUCUACCGAUCAAUUACAAAGUAAACGCGAGUUGUUCUUCAAGUCGGACACGGUGAGCGGCGGCGGCGUGAGCGCGUCGGUGCCGCCGGGCGCACCGCCCGCGCCGCCCUCCGCCCUCAAGGAUGCACUCGCCAAGCGCGCCGCCACGCUGCCCGAACCCCACGAGAACAACCACCACGAACCCAAUGGCACCGCGCCCAAUAAACUCAGCAACAGCGUCUCUGUGGAUGCCGCCAAACCCCCGAGCACGGCGCCCCCGCCGACGCCCGCCCCGCCCGUGCCCACCGUAGCACCGCCAGCAGCACCGAUGCCCGCGCCGCUUAGGAGUACAGAAAAUAUUAUGAAGAAACCUGACCACCCACCUGUUGCACCAAAACCGGAAUUACCUAAAAUAGAAAAGCCAAAAACCAAAGAAUUAGACGGAUACGUCGGAUUUGCAAACCUACCAAACCAAGUCUAUAGGAAGGCAGUAAAAAAAGGUUUCGAGUUCACGUUAAUGGUUGUUGGUGAGUCAGGUCUCGGCAAAUCGACGUUAAUAAACUCCUUGUUCUUGACCGAAGUGUACGACAAGGACAAACAUCCGGGCCCUUCAUUGAGGGUUAAAAAGACAGUGGGCGUGGAGACCAGCGUGGUGCUGCUCAAAGAGAACGGCGUCAACCUCACGCUAACGAUCGUCGACACGCCCGGCUUCGGUGAUGCCGUUGAUAAUAGCAAUUGUUGGCAACCGAUCAUCGACUUCGUGGAGUCGAAGUACGAGGAGUUCCUGAACGCGGAGUCGCGCGUGACGCGCAAGGCGGCGCCGCCCGACACGCGCGUGCACUGCUGCCUGUACUUCAUCGCGCCCAGCGGACACGGACUCAAGCCGCUCGACGUCGAGUUCAUGCAGCGCCUCGGCGACAAGGUCAACAUCAUCCCCGUCAUCGCCAAGGCCGACACCAUGACGCCCGAGGAGUGUAAAGACUUUAAGGAACAGAUAAUGAAAGAGAUCGGCCAGCACAAGAUCAAGAUCUACUCGUUCCCGGAGAGCGCGGGCGAGGAGGGCGAGGCCGCCGACGCGACGCGGGCGCUGCGCGCGCGCGUGCCCUUCGCCGUGGUCGGCGCCAACACCGUCAUCGAGCAGGACGGGCGCCGCGUGCGCGGCCGCAAGUACCCCUGGGGCAUCGCGGAGGUGGAAAAUUUGGAACACUGCGACUUCUUAGCCCUUCGCAACAUGGUCAUAAGGACGCACCUGCAGGACUUGAAGGACGUCACGAGCUCUGUGCACUACGAGAACUACCGCUGCCGCAAGCUCGCCGGCCUCUCGCACGACGGCAAGCCGCACCGGAUCAACUCCAACAAGAAUCCGCUGGCGCAAAUGGAGGAAGAAAAACGGGAACAUGAUCAGAAAAUGAAAAAGAUGGAGAGUGAAAUGGAACAGGUGUUUGAAAUGAAGGUGCGUGAGAAGCGUGCGAAGUUGAAAGAGUCGGAGGCGGAGCUGGCGCGGCGGCACGACGCAACGCGGCGCGCGCUGGAGGCGCAGGCGCGCGAGCUCGACGAGCGCCAGCGCGCGCUGCACGCCGAGCGCGCCGCCUGGGAGCGCGACACCGGCCUCUCGCUCGACGACCUGCGCCGCCGCUCGCUCGAGGCUAACAGCAAGGAGACCGUUGACGGCAAAGACAAAAAAGACAAGAAGAAAAAAGGUUUGUUCUAAAUUAGUAUCCGAUGGCUUCGCAACCACCGUGACUCACGCGUGACUAACUCUGUGUCGCCGCGGCGUGGGGAUGGACAGCUCAUGGUUCCCAAAUGUGUGGUCUUAUGGGUGAUUAAAUUAUUUCGCCGAAAGAGAACAAAUCCCCCUCACGACACAAGGUACUGAUUGUAAAAUCUUUUAUCUACAUUUAGAUUCCGUUAGUAUUACCAUAUCUUGAUCAAUCGACCUGCUUAAAUGCUAUACGCAUCACAUCGAAUACGGACGAGGAUUUGUUCGCUGUCGGCAUAAUAUGUUGUGUAUUUUAAAACUUCUAAAAGUAAAAGUGGUAGAAAAGCCUUCGAGACGAAUACGCGUGAAAUGUAUGUCGGAUGUUAAACGACUUCGGUCUUUAACAUACAUAUUGAAAUGUAAAGUUUACUCAAAUGAAAUUACCUUUAUUAUAAUUAACUCUACUCAAACAAAAGUACCUUUGUCCAGAAACACCGUUUUAAAUGUAAUACGCAAUUAUUUAACUUAUUAUAUUAAUUUCUUGCACUUGAUCUUAACCAUGAGUUAUAAGUUUAUUGUGAUUGUACAUAUCGUGUUAGAAAUCGAUUGGAAAGUAAAGUUUUCGAUAAUUGCUGAUGUAUGUUUCACUUGCGAUAACUCUCCUGAUGCAAUAUCCGAUACGAGACUUAAUGUGAAAAUAAUUCUGGGUACAGUGCCAUUUCAAUGUUGUGACGAGUAUUGUUCUGUGUGUCAAGUGAAAAUACCUUUGUCUAGUGUAUGAAUGUUGGACUAACUGGCGACGUCGAUAAUCGGUACAUUGACGCUAAUUUUUCUUACGCAUGAUAUUGUAGUCACAUUUUAUUUUUGUACCUUUGUAAAUAUCAGUUUUGACACCAUCCCAUUACUCACAACACUAUAUAACUGUUGUUAGCAAAGUAAUCUGCCGCGGUAGUACUCGUUGAUCAGUUACUAAUAAUACCUAAACUAGUGUGUUGCUAAUAGACUCCAAUGUGUAUGGUAUUGUGCAGUCCGCUGAGAUUCCUCUGUGAUUUGCAGAUUGGUCCUUUAAGAGUGUUGCGACCGGCAUUGUAAUCUAAAGAGGACUAUCGAUAAACAUCACACAUUGACAGUAUAGACAUUUCUAGUUGUAGCGUUAGUACGAUGGAACAACGAUUAAAGAGACUUGAAACGUUCGAACCAAGCUCAGAUCCAACAAUAGAGGAAAUUAAUCAAGUUACAGGAAAUUACAAUUACGUAUAUAAGACUUACUUCAUGACAAAGCAUUUAUUUAUUACAUUAAGUGUGGCCUAAUUUUUAUGUGUUGUGUUUUCAAAAGGAUUUUGUGAAACAUCUUUUGUAGAUUCAUUUACAUUUGGAAUAUUUUAUUUAAAUAUAUUAGCUGACAAUAGAAACCAUUGUAGCACAAAUAUGUUAACAGCUUAUGACUAGACAUUUACGUCCAUGGAGAUGCCAAAUAGCUUGUAAUAAUUGUCUGCUAAUGUAAUACGAAUGUCUAAUUGUACGUCAUUGUAUUAAAAUAUAUUAUUAUUCUAUGCUGUUAUCUAUAGAUCUAGAUAAUAUAGACAACUAGACACAGCCACGUGAUCAUUUAAGCUCAAAAUCUGGUUAUCAUUAAAGUUAAGCGUUAAAAUUUUUACUGGUAAAUAUAGCAUAAUAAAAUUAUUAACAAAGCAUUUUGGUCAAAAAUUCAUUUGCUUAUUUUUUCAUGUAUGUAGAGAUUGAGAGUGUGUGCUGUAGUUAUUUGAAAAUUAAGUAUUAAAUCAUUCGAAAUUAUGAAUUAGGUAAGAGAUAUUUUCUACUCGUGUAAUAUUAAAAAUAUCGGUAAAAAUUUUCGGCUUAAAUUAUUGUGCAAUCGAACAAUACGGUGAGGUCUGCACUGCGUUUGUAACGAUAUACGUUUGGUAUAUUGUGCUUAGUGAUAUCAAUAACGCUCAUAGCUCAGAACAGAAUCUAGCCCUAGCUAGCAAAUAGCUUCUCUUUCUAAUAUUACGUAAAGAAACGGAGUGGUGAUGAUCUCUCAACAAACGGUAUACUAGAAUUUAUGGAAUCACGCGAUUUCCAUUAUACUAAUUCAACUUUCUCGGCAAUUCCAAUAAAGAGCAAGUAUCCAUAUUUUAAAUAUGUUAUAUUUUAGUAUAAGAUGAUUUUGACAAUGUUGCAUCAUUGUUGAAGUUUUAACAUUGUUCGAAUGAAACAGGAAAGGGGACAUAAACUGUCGCGUUGUAAAUAAACUUACAAAUAAUGGUCAAAGGUAUUCCUGGGAUAGGUUCCUGUCAAUAGAUUCUUUUUCUAGUCGGUAAAACAAUGUUGGAACUUGAACAUUGAUCGUUUGUGUAAAUAAUUUUCUUUAAUCAUUUAUAAUAAAAACGAAAUGAAUAUACGCAAGUUAUAUUAUUCAAUUACUUCAGGUAAUUUUGUAUGUUUAUUCUAUUAAAUUACCACAGAUAAUCUCAAUUAUUUCCUACACUACAGUAUUGAGCUCUCCGUUUAAGUUAGCAGUGUUAGGUUGUAAGGUAAUACUUAAUUUUACCAUAAACAAUAAUCGUUUACUCAUUAUACUCGAGAUGUAACAGGUUGAGAGAGCAACGGAGUUCCGACGAUGUAAUAUAUUGUGUCUGAUGAAUAUGAAUAAAUACGUAAUAUAUAGGAA